ACGCCCACGCAGAGGGAGACCAGAAAAGAACCGCCGCCCCCCCCGACCAGACCAAUCCAUCGCCACCGCGCCGCCCUAGGUCGUCGCCACCUCGCCGGCAACAAUGUCCCCUUCUGCCAUCUUCGUCUUCCUCCUCGUCUCUGCGCUGCAUAUGCUGGAGUGCAUCCUCGAUCUCGUGAAGAGGAGGGGAUCCAUUUCUGAUGAACAGCUCAAACUGCGUGUACAGAUCACGGAACUUCUCAAGGAGGCUAGUGCUUUGUCAACGCCCUCAACGUUUGCGCAAGCCGCAAAACUGAAGCGGUUGGCUGCUGCUAAAGAGAAGGAGUUGGCAAAGAUGCAAGAGCUGAACAUUAAAGGGAAGCAGUCUUUAUAUGAACAGUAUGGAAAAGCUCUGCUGGCCACUAAGGUUCUAAUCUAUGUUGUGUUCAUUCUGUGGUUUUGGAGUACUCCAGUAACUACUGUUCCUAAGCACCUUCUCCAGCCCUUCGGAUGGAUGUUUUCCUGGAGAGGUGUAGAUGCUUCUACAGGCCGUGUUGUGGUUGGAAUUCUCCCAUGGCUAUUUUUGACCUCUCAUGUCAGCAAGCUACUGAGCGAGAAACUUGCGCCCAUAUUUCUGCAUCCUUAGCUCCUCCUAACGACUUACUUUUGCCUCUGUUUUUGUUCUGCAGUUUUGUAUGAUCUCUCAAUCCAUCUACAUUUAUGUAGUUUCCAAAGGGAUUGGGAUUUUUGUAAUUCUAUAAAAGUAACGAGUAGAAUUUCCACUGUGUAGCCGUUCCUCAUACAUUUUAUUACCAUCAGAAAUGUUCCAAGAUAGCAA